AUGCCACCUAAGAGAGAGGCGGGGGCGACUCCAUCCCCGACGCCGGUAAAGAUGCUAAAGAUCAACACGGUCCCACUGGAGGCUGGUCCGAUGGAGGAGUUGGCCGAGUCCACUUAUUCUCCUUUUCUCAACACCGAGCAGGAAUUUGAUGGAAUUGAAGGCGAAGCGAGUCCAGGCGUCCGAACCGACACCAUCAGCCUGCUGAUGAAGAUAGAACAGCUACAGGCCCAGCUGAAAUAUGAACGCAGGUGUCGAAUUCUGGCUGAGAGAGAGCUGAGGGAGAUGAAAGAGAUGAACACCCUCAUGGUGGAGAUGCGACAAACGGCUCACGAACUCCGAGCCACUCUGGAUCACGUCCUCCAAAGCGGCGACCCGAUGAUGGCGCCGCACAACUCCCAAGACGAGAACAUCAACUUUCUGUCGGAGCACGAGGCUGACAUCGUCGCGGUGGGCGGCGGGCCAGAGGACAGCAACAACUACCUGUACCUCGCAGAGAACCUCCGCGUUCCCAGGAGUCUUUACGAGCACGUCGGCGAAAUCGCAGACUACAAGAAAUACACCUCGGCGCUGCUCAUGAUGCUUUUCGACAGAGAGACGCUGGCCACGCACUCGCUGCAGGGCCGCAGGAACACGAUGAGCGGGGAGGACUGCCCCAAGCCUCAGCUCCCACCUGAGAUCCUCAGGAGCAUCAUCGAUCACGUGGCGCUCAAGUUCGGCGUGGACAGCAGCCAGAUCAAGACGGCCAUCCGGACCAAGUUAAACAAUGAGGACAAAUUGCUGAAGAAGAGAAUGGGCUUGGUCAAAGUGGAACAAAAAGCCAGCUUACCUCUGCCCGACAACGCGUCGAUAUGAUUUGAUGGCGGUCAGCUUCGACCUUCAUCUCGUCUGCUCGUGUGUUUGCUGUACUGUAACCAUGUGGCAGGUCGCCUCUCCUAAUCGACAUUAUUCACUUUAGUGCUUGAUAUGGUUAUUUUUAUAGUAAUCCACUUUUUUUAAAAACUUGGGUCGGCUCUCGUUAGACAGUAUUACGUUACGUGGAGAGCAAAUGUACAGUUCUUUUAAAGCUCGCGUGGAUAGAGAAAGUUCUCAUGUUUGGGUUCUUUUGCUUGGCAGCUCUGUCAAAACUCCUCUUGUCAGCCAACAAGAACACAACUGACUUCAAUGUGUACUGUAAUUUCCGGCCUACAGAGCGCACCUGAUUAUAAGCCUCACCCAGUACAUUUGUAAAGGAAAUACCAUUUGCUACAUACAUAAGACGCACCUGUGUUAAAGCCGCAAGUGCCCACAUUGAAACUCGAGAUAUUUACAAAGAAAGACGGUACAUUGAAAGAAUUUUCAAAGUUUUCACACUUAGCUUAGCUUAACAUAGCAACAACACGGUAGCACGAACAGGGCUGGUUUAAAAAAAAAAAAAAAACAGUUACACAGUAGCAACACGUUAGCAGAGCACUAACAGAGCUGGUUUAAAAAAAAAAAGUCACUGAGACCUAGCAGUAACACAGCAGAAACAAGCUAGCGUGGCGCUAACGGGGCCGGUAAAACAAAAACAUACUGGUAAAAAUCCCUGAGAUGUCACAGUAACACAGCAGAAACAUGCUAGCGCAGCGCUAACGCCAACAGGGCCAGUUAAAAAAAAAAACAUACUGGUAUAUAUCAGAGACACGACAGUAACACAGCAGCAACACGCUAGCACAGCACUAACAUUGCCAGUUAAAAACAAACAAAAAAAAAAAAUAAAAAUCACUGAGACAUGGCAGUAACACAGCAGCAACACACUAGCACAGCGCUAACGCUAGCGCCGCAGUAAAGCUAGCACCGCGCUAGCACCGUACUUCCUCGCCACGUAUAUUCCACCGGUCUCAUUCUUCCCUUUUCCACUCGAGUGCCCUCUUGCGGCCGUGAGAAAAAAAUGCACAAAUUAGCCACAUCACCGCAUAACCCGCAGGGUUGAAAGCGUGUGAAAAAAGUUGCGAUUUAUAGGCCAGAAAUUACUGUAUAUAACCCAAGAGGGGUCAUUUCUUUCCUUACCCAAUUUUAAAGUUUAACUCCAUCUUCAACAUUCAGAGCCGUUCUGUCCUUUUUAAGCAAAAGAACCCUACUUGUUUUGAUUACCAAUUCAAGAUGAUUGGUGUAAUUUUUUUUUGUCUUGUCCUUUUUAAUGAGCACUUUUUGUUCCAGUUGUAAGCACAGUUUCUUACUAAUUGGUAAAUGUUUAGCUUCACACCGUUUAAUUUGUUAGAUAUAACGUUGAGAUGCAUACAAGCUUCUGAAUAUCUGAUCAUAUACAAUACAAAAUCUUCCUUUACAAAGAUUGUAAUCCACCGUUUUGACUGAUACAGUCAGAGCAAUUAUUGUAUUCUGCCCAGAUCCAUUUUCUUUGGUUCAAAGGGUGCAAGAGUUGUUGAAAGUAGUUGAGCAACUUCCAAACUAAGUAGCAGCACUACAUUCUCCUAAGAUUCUCAAAGUAUGUGCACCCGAGGUUGUUUCUAAGUUGAGGGGCGCAUUCAAAUAAAAUAUCUGUUUAGUCACUUUGUUGUUGUGCGUCACUACAUUUGUGUCAAUAAUAAACAC